AUGGCAGGAGUGGCAAGGACUGCUUUAGACAGUAAGAACGCUAACAAACUCCUAGCAGUUAUAGGAGAUGAGGUAACCCUGACACCAUGUACUGGUUUUUUUAUAAGUGGAAUUGGUGAAUAUAAUACAAAGAGACAUCCAAAUUUCUUAGUAGUUACUAAAGAUACUGCAGUCUCUGAUAUUGAGGACUCAUUUCGUUACUUUUACAGCAGAAAUGACAUAGCUAUAAUCCUCAUCAACCAAAAUAUAGCGGAGAUGAUACGUCAUUUGAUUGAUCAACAUGAUAAAGCCGUACCUACUAUAUUAGAGAUACCAUCUAAAGAUCAUCCUUAUGAUCCAAAUAAAGACUCUAUUUUAAGAAGAGCAAAGGUCAGCAUUAACUACAGAUGCCCACUCACUAAUGUGAGAAAGGGUGUCUGA